GCAAGAUUAGGCAGCAUUCGAAGAGGAUCAACCUCCCCAUACCGUUAUGGGGUACAUCCAAUCAAUUCAAAUUUGACCCGCUCAAUGCCAUGAUAAGAGUUUUCUGUCGCGACGUCGCGGUGAAGAAGUUACGAGAACCUCGAUACAUGAUUGUCGUUUUCAAGUCGUGUGCGCACGAACCGAACUUUAACCGUGCUGUGUGACGUUGAUGAAGGUCAAAAGGCCUUAACUGCACAACACCACGCGGAGUACCCAUGAGAAGGGUUGGCCUUACCUACCGCGGGUACUCGUCGGCCGUGUCCGAACUAAUUAUAUCACUCGUUCUUCAAUUCGUCUGUGCGUCUUCAGCUGGACAGUCUGGCUUCGCAGAGCCUGCCUGCCGAGCUACGGUUAUCCUUGUCUCAUGUGCGCAGCAGCGGACGGCCUCUCUUCGGCUCACAUUAUGGUCUCGGAUUCACCUCGGUCUCCCACUUCGUUGUACUCAAGAUGGUAGUGGCUCUGACAGCUGCGUCUCCGCAACGACGCUAUGCGGCAGCUUCGUGACCCACUUCUUGAUGCAGCGUUGACUUCCUUUGGCUGCCGGAUUUUUUCCGUCGAUGAAAGUAUAAAAGCAAUGCUGCGAGGCCUCCGACCUCAUCGACUCAGCAGUCGCUCUC